AUUAAUGGGUAUACAAGCGUGCUGUAUAUGUCUGUCAAUGGGCCAUUACCAGACAAAGUGUGCGAAUGUGUAAAUGUUUGCAGUCUGCUAUAUUAAUUAGCAUAUUUAGCAAAUAGCAACACGUUCGCGCACUUCACCAACCAAGCAUAUUUUAGCACAUUUAUGCCUAUCAUAUAGACACUACUUAACUGUAUAUAUGCACACCAAACAAGUGUGUGUAUCCAACUUAUUUAUGCGUAUUAAUAACAAGUCAAAUAUCAACAGAAAAUCGUGAUAUUUAUAAGCAUUUUCAUGAGAUCAAAGUUUGUAAAUAGGCAAAUAUAGAUGUAUGCUUAUUUAAAAUAACACGUCAAAUAAUUUAAGUAAAACUAAAUCACUUACUCAUCAGAAACUGUAUCUUUGGCUGGAUCAAGUCGCUCUUCAAAAUGCAGAUGUUCAUCGUCAGAGUCGUGCUCUUCUUCCGAGGAAAAAGUGAACUCUUCCUCACUGUCCAGGACCAUCUGAAGAGCCUGCUCACCUGUGUAGCGUGCCAUCUUCUAAACGCGCAGGAAAGUGAAUGAAUAUGAUGAAACAUUAUCUUAUGAAUAGAGCGCUCUGCGCGAGGGCGGGCACACAUUAGACAAGAUAAUUAGGUCAGACAGGAGAAACAGUACAUCUCUAUACUUUUAUACCGAUUACAUAAAGGGAGAAUAUUUGUUUUAGAAUUUUUUUUGUUUGUUUAAAAGUAGAUACUUCAAGCUUUCCAAAGACAUAUCUCUCAUGUCCGUGUGGCAUGUAUUAGCCGAGUAUUUUAGUUAAUUUUAGUGACAUUUUAGAAUGAUGUUUGCAGAGACAGAGACGGCUGGACAGCGCACCUUGUAUAUUUCAUUUAUUUUAUAAAAGCAAAAGUUUUGUUUUUAUUGUGAGUGUACACAAUUAAAAGUUGACAUUUCACAGUUUUUGUCAAUGUAUAACACUUAGUAUGAACCAAAAUAUUUUGUAUUUUAAGUCUGUUUUGCUGCAGUGUAAAAAAAAAAAUCCAGCAAAAAGCGCCGGUGCGUUUCCUGACUCCAGAGUGUUAAAUAGUCUCUUUGUUGUUGCAGAGCAAGGAUUGCAUUUUGGGUCUGUUUAAGGAGAUUAUCACAGGCCCUGGCUUUAGUGUCCCUUUCUUUCAGUUCAAUCUCUGCUCUUGCUAGGAGAGCUUUACCUUGUUGGAGUUUUCCAGUUAGUUCCUCUCUGGAUUCUUUCUCUGACUGCUCUCUCUGCUCUGUCUCUACAUGAAGCUCUGCAAGGGCAUUUUGGAGUCUCUCCACCCCCUCCUGUAGCUCUGGGUCCGUUUCAUCUGCCGUCCCACACUGGUCCUGGGUCUCGAGGAGUAGCUGAUCUAGGUGAUGUUGAGCAUGGGCCUGGUUCCUCCGGGCCUCCUCGGCCUGGAGCUUGAGCGCUGCUGCUUCUUGCUCCAGGUGGGCGUUGCUCCUUUCGCUAAGCCUUGCCUGGGCUAUGAGGUUGUGGGCGAGGUCGCCAACGAUCUUAGCCCAUUCUUUGUGGUUGUAGCUCUGCGUCAGUUAGUGGGAUUUAGGCCAGAUGUAUCAUCUUUGGCCAGGAAUGGCCACGUGGGGCCAAUUUGUGUGGGUGAGCGCCGGAUCUAAAUAAAGAUUUUGACCGCUUGGGUCGUCGAUCUUUUAUUCAGCUUUCUGUGAUCGCUCUUAUAGAUUCUACCUUUACGUGAACUGAAAGAAACAGUGGUACGAGGACAGAAAUGUCUAGGCCAGGUGACUCCACUCACUGACACUCAACUGAAACAACCGUCGCCUCACCACCGAGCACUAGAGGGAGCACUAUCUGCAAGUGCACAAAUGGUCAAACAAAUACAACUUAAUUGUAAAUUUAAAUUUAAACCUUGCUUAAACCAAAUUUAAAUAAUUAAGUGUGUAGGACAAGAGAAUUGGGGUCUAUAAUGACAAUAAUCAGAAUAAACUAGCUAAAAAAGCAGAAUAAAAAUAAGCAAUAAAGCAAAGCAAAAACAGUUCAGAGGCACUUGAUUUAAAUUAAAAUUAAAAUUCUCUUUAAUUAAAAUUUAAAUAAGUGUAUAAAAUAAGGGAAUCCGAAUAACAGAGAGAAAAGCAAAGCAGAAAUAAGCAAUAAAGCAACAUUUCAGAGAACUUGAUUUAAAUCCAAAUUAAACUGUUUAAUUAAAUUUAAAUUAGUGUAUAAAAUAAGGGAAGAAAUUCAAGGUGAAAUAAUUGAAGAUGAAAUAACAGGAGAGGGAUGGAGGAAAUUGACUUAUCUGGAAUGCCCACAAGGGGGAGUGCUUCCAGUAAGUGAACAUCCUUGUUGGAAAGGAAACUUAAUUUAAAUUUAAAUUAAAACUGUUUAAUUAAAUUUAAAUAAGUAUACCAAAUUCCAAAUAAUAGCAAACAAUAAAAUAAGAGAUGAAGAAAAAUUAUAACAGCAAACAAAAUUAAAAUAGUCAUAUUUUGAGGCUAAAUGUAAAUACAGUCUCUCUGUGUGUGUGUGUGUGUGUGUGUGUGUGUGUCUAUAUGUAUGUGGGAUGUGUAUUGGGGUUUGGGGUGGCCACAUGGUCUCUGUGGCCAGCAGGAGGCCAGUCCAGGAGGUCCUUUGAAGUUACUUUUGGUCCCAUGAGGUUACGAAAGUGUUCCUGCGAAAACUCUCUGGAGGUAGUAAACAUGACAGAAGGGGCUAUUUGGCCCAGACCCUUCAGAGCCCAUUCGUGAUUUACAUGAAAAGUUCAAGAAGCUAAAAGCAUUCUCAAAAUUCUAAAGUUGUUUGGCUAAUCUGAUCCUGUCCAGACACUACACUCAUUUAUUUGUGCAAAUAAAAUAAAAUAAAAAUAAAAAAUAAAAAAAAGUUUUUAAAAAAAAAAUCAAAGUAUAAAAGAUAAGAUGUAUAAAUAGAUUAAAGAACAGUAAGAAUAAAGAAUGUAAAAAUUUAAGUAACACGGUUUACAGCAUAAAGGCCCUUUCACACCGGACGUGAAACGAAAAAGUGAAUAGUUCGCAUGCGAAUAGUUUGCGUCAAAACCAUUCACAUCAGCCGUGACGCGAAUUUGCGACGUUUGUGCUCUGAAGGAUUCCAAAACAUUCGCCGCAACAGCUGAAUGAAAAAAAUAUAUAUAUUUCAACAAAAUAAUCUUCAUCUUGUUGAAAAAGUUGGUCAGUUUAACUGCUCAGGACAAACAACAUGGACACUUCAUCAUCCAGUGAAGACGAGCUUUUCAUUUUUUUUUUUUUUUUUCAAAGACCGAAAAUAAGGUUUUGGGUGCACCCAGUCUUAAAGAACAGAGAGUCUGAGGGGGAGUACGCUAAUUUUGUACAGGAGCUAAAACUUUAUCAUGGCCGGUUCCGUAGUUACUUUCGAAUGUCCGUGGUACAAUUUCAAGAGCUCCUCCAGACAGUGGCACUGCAUCUGACGAGACAAACCACAAACUUCAGGGAACCAAUCGAUCCGGAGCAAUGUUUGGCAGUCUGCUUAAGAUUCCUUAGCACUGGGGAUUCUUUCACCACCAUACCCGCCAGUUUCCGCCUUGGAAUUUCCACGGUGUCCAACAUUGUGAAGCAAACCUGUGAUGUCCUCUGGGAGACCUUAAAAGACACCUACAUGCCAGUCCCCAAUGAGGAGCUCUGGAAGACAACUGCCCUGAGAUUUUCUGAAAAAUGGAACUUCCCCAAUUGUAUCUGUGCUUUGGAUGGGAAGCACAUUGUGAUUCAGGCACCAGCUAAUUCUGGCUCCCAGUUUUUCAAUUAUAAGGGCACCUUUUCUGUGGUUCUGCUUGCCUUGGUUGAUGCUGACUACCGCUUCCUAGUGGUGGAUGUAGGGGCAUCAGGCAGCAACAGCGAUGGUGGAAUAUUUUCCAAUUCUUUAUUGGGACAGGCCCUAAAUACUGGGAGUUUAAACAUUGCAGAGCCUUCUCAUCUGCCAUCUGCACCAGAGCUGGGGGCGUUACCAUUUGUUAUUGUUGCAGAUGAGGCAUUCCCUUUGAAAACUUUUCUCCUCCGUCCCUAUCCUGGAAGACGUCUGCCAGAUGACCAGAGUGUGUUCAACUACCGGCUCUCCAGGGCUCGACGUGUUUUUGGCAUUCUCAGCCAGUGCUGGAGAGUCUACCAGCGCUGACUGCAAGUGGCUCCAGAGACAGCUGACAGCAUUGUGAAGGCAACUUGCAUCCUGCACAACUUCCUGCGAAGGGCCAAUGGGAACCACGGUGCAGAGCCUGACAGUUCUGAUGGUGCAGAGGGCAGUGAGUUGGGUGACAUUAGAGGUCUUCGAGGGAACGGCAUCAGCUGAGGCACUGAGGGUGCGGGACACAUUCAGACGUUAUUUUAACUCACCUGCGGGCCAAGUUCCAUGGCAGGUUUCUCAUGUGAACCGAGGUCUCCCUCAAUGACAUGGCUCUGAUUUAUUUCUGAACACAGGAAAACUGUUGCAUUAAAUGGAUUCACAAUGAUAAGCACACUGUAUUUGCCUCCAAAGCUUCAUUUAACAAAGCACGCUACAGCACGCUUAUCAUUGUGAAUCCAUUUUACACAACAGUUUUCCUUUUCUAUUGACAACCCCAGUUCUUAAAGGGAUAGUUCACCCAAAAAUGAAAAUGUGGUGUUUAUCUGCUUACCCCCAGGGCAUCCAAGAUGUAGGUGUCUUUGUUUCUUCAGUAGAACACAAAUGAAGAUUUUUAACUCCAACCGUUGCAGUUUCGUGUCUUAAGACAUCAAUGUGUCGUCACGAGCCGCAGGGUUUAAUAUUGAUUUGUCUGUGCAUGUUUUUUCCUAAAGACUGCUGCAGACCCUGUUCAAAAGCAUUCUGUAAACUUUCCUGUGCCACCUCACUGUACAAACUCUGCAUUAUUUUUCAACUUCAUUGCUGUAUUUCAAAGAACUUGAAAAAAGAAGAAGCUUAUAAAUCUGAAUAACUGAACAGGCUACAGCUACCUUCUGAAAGAAGUAGAAGCCUCAAGGAUGCCCUCCAUAUACUUCCACCUCUUCCUCUGUUUUCCAGCCUGUCUACUUUUAGUUUCCUUUUCCUCUCUCCUUUUCCUCACAUAGGUUUUUCCACAGUUUUUUUUUUUUGCAUCUUCAACUAAAACACAGUGCGUUUUAUAAUGUCAGUUAGACACAUAACAAAGUUAACAAGUCAAAAUCAUUCGACUAGAAACUAUAGCUAUCACACAAAGAAUAUAUAGUAUAGUAUUAGCAGGCCUAAAUAGUCUCACUAAAUUUUCAAAGUAAACACAGUCUCUGUCUCUAUCUCUGACGAUAAUAGUGUUAGCUUUCUAUCUCAAAUGUAGUUUAGUCUGCUAGCUUACUACAGCACAGGUCUAUACAAUGACAAAUAACUAUCAAACAACAUACUUACAGUCAUGAUAGCUGAGUUGGUUGGCAAUGCUACGCCACACAUUGUCUUUCAUAUUGUUGUCCUUGUAGUUUUUGUUAGUUUUGUCAAACAAAACGAGAUGCGUCGAAACACAAGCUAUUAGAUGAUCCAUCAUUGUUGCUGUGACAUCACAUUUGUUUCCUUGUAUUUGAUUGGUUGAAGCCAAUUGAAAAAAAUUGCGUCCAGUGUGAAAGGAUCUUAAAGCUUGUAAAAGACAGUUUGUAGGAGAGUUUUUCUGGUGAAGUGGUGAAUAAAACUGAAAUGCUAAUAUCCUGAGUUUCUACUGCUUUAUACUGCUGCAACUCACAUUGGAGAGCUAUCCCUAUUUUACCAAUGUAAGAUGUUACAAGUGGUGCCCCAACAUUUUAUCUCUGGCCUUGGAUGGUGAGGUUUAUACAAAUGCAGUGUUUCGACAAAUUAAAUGCUGUAGGCCGUAAAUGCUGUAGGCCUCAGCCCAAAUGUGUGAGUCUGCACAAGGCCAAUUUUAACACGUAGCCAUAGCCUGCUCGUUGCUGAUGCUGUGGAUAAUUUCUUCACACUCCAGUAGAUUUUCGUAGUCACAUAAAUGAUCUUUAAUUCAUGAGGUGCAUUUCCCCUGCCGCCAUUCGGCAAGUUUAAAGAGCAAUUUCUCUAAGAACAAAUUUCUGCGACGUUGUUGCAAAUGUCACGCCACAGCUGUGGCACAGAAAAGAUUUAAUGGCACAUAGGAUUGUGGUUCGUUAGGAUUUCACUGUUUGUGAACUUUGCGUUUUCAGUAAUUCAAUUCCAUUUGCAACAUUCAUUAGCCUUUUUCUCUGAUAACUGAAGCCUUUUUUAAUAACGCAGUGAAACUGCAUGGCCAUUGGUUUGUGCAGUUGGAGUAAAACGAACGAGGGGUUGAAUUAACUCGAGUGACGGGUUGCUGCGAGGGGACCCGACGCUCAUGAUAGUUGGAAGAGGAAAAAUGCUCUCUUUUUGAGUGUUUUAUUUUGUCCGCUAUCACAGCGGUUAAUUUGUAAGGGCGCUAGAACAGGCCCAGUGCUUACAACAAACACAUUGUCUCCAGCACCCGGAACUGAACGGGUGACUGGAGGCAUAAACGAGGCAGUUUGGGGGGUGGUCCUUCUUCCUGUCUGAAGGAUCGGGACGACUUCUGAGGCGCAGGGUCCAGCACUAUCUUGGGCCGGGGUCCCUGAUGCUUCGGGAAGGGAUGGCACUUUUGCAGCGCUGUUGAGGCUCAGGCUGUGGGGCAGGUUGAGCAGUCGAGGGCGCAGGUUUGGCAGGCUGUUGAGUCUGGCGCAGGCUUGUGGCGACUAGAGGCAGCUGCAGAGCUGGAACGCUUGGGCAGGAAGUGUUGCAUCACUUGGGACGACUUCUGUGCAGCAGUGAAGCGUUCUGCAAACCCACCUACUGCAGGUCCAAAGAGGCCAGUGGGGGAGAUGGGGGAGUCAAGGAAGAGGGUUUUGUCCGCUUCCUUGAUCUCCGUUAGAUUCAGCCGCAAGUGGCGCACCAGCACCACUAAACUUGCCAUUGACCUGCCGAUGGCCUUGCCUUUAUAGCGCACAGGGCCAGGUCGGUUGCGCUGCGCAGCUCUCUGAAUGCGGCUGGGUUAGGUCCAGACUCAUCCAUGGAGUGGAGGAGUUUGGCCGGAAAAACUUGAACGGCCGUAGUGUGAAAUGCAGAAGCUGCUUGGCCAGCGGAGGUGUAGGCAUGCCCAGCGAGGGCUGAUGUUGCUCUGCAGGACUUGGAUGGGUGGGCGACCAUCUUCUUCCAUCCGAUGGCAGUAGGCUGGCAAAGAUGCGCGGCCUCUACCUCGUCCAGUGGAGGCAGCUUCUCAUAGCCCUUUUCAUCAGCACCGUUGACCGUGGUGAGGGUGGAUGAAGUAGAUGUGUGUAGACGGGCCAAGUAGGGGGUGCACCAUGACUUAGUGAGUUUGUCGUGGACCUCCGUGAAGUGCAGCUUGAUAGCGAGGGCCCUGGCGGCGCCCUGGCAGGAACCAUUCAUCCAAAUGACUGCGAGUUGGUUCCUCUGGUGGAAACCACUCCAAUCCGAGCUCCUUGACUGCUUUGGACAGGACACGGAGAAGUUUGGCGUCCAUUCCAGCCCUGGCUUUGAUGGGCAAGGGGGCGGGGUCGUUCUUUAAGCCUGCCCAAUCUUCUGUGUCUGAGGCUGCCAAUGACAUGCUGUCAUCUAGGGGAUCUUCUUCAGACCCCCCGAACAAGACCAAAUCACUCACGAUAGCAGAGGGACGCUGGUGUGGGCGGGAGAAGAGGACGGGAGAAACCACUCUAUGUGGAGAGAGUGAGGCACGUGGGACCUGAGCUGACGUGAGCUCACUCAUAUCCUCUGAGAUCCUCUGUCCCGCUGUUUUUCCUCACAGGCUCCUGGGAGCAAGAAAAUGGGAGGCCGCGAGGGGCGGAGUCGCUCUCUGAAAAGAAAGUGAUCCAUGAGUGUAGAGAGGCGAGACUCAUGCUCUCUCAGUGAGAGCAACUUGUCUCAGUGAGCGCUGUUUCAGAGUGGGAUUUCCCCCAGACAUGAAACGCACUCACUGUGCCCGUCAUCAACGUGCAGGGGAGUCCUGCACGAGCCACAGCUGUGGCGUGACAUUUGCAACAACGUCGCAGAAAUUUGCUCUUUGAAAAUUUGCUCUUAGAGAAAUUGUUGCCGAAUGGCAGCAGGGGAAAUGCACCUCAUGAAAAUCACUUUCUGCUCUUGAAUGAAUAAGUUUUAUAACUUUAAUUGUACGCAUUAAUCUGUAUUUAAUAUUUACAAUGAAGACUAUCUAGUGUUAUUUUACAUUUGAUUACCUUCUUACCUGAAUAAAAACCUACUUAACCUGAAAAACUUAGUUUCAUAGCUCUCUUUAUUCUAUUGCAUUUAUUUGUGCUGCUGUUUGGAAUUUGUUCUUAUUUUAUUACUGAAUUUUUACUUGUUUUUUUUUUAUUAUUAUUUUUUUUUUAUGAAAAUAAGACUUUGCAUUGAAGAAAAGUAGAUUUUUGUUUAUGCUGUCAAUUAUAGUUCUUAGAUCGAAUCGGCAAAAAUCGGUAUCGACAGGUCACAGUAACUAAAAAAUCGGAAUCGGCCAAGAAAAUUGCAAUUGGUGCAUCUCUAGUACUUCUGACUCCUCAGUGCUCUCAGCUGUUGUGCACAGUGUUUGCUCAUCAAAGGAACUAAUCAGUGAUCUGUGUGCUGUGACUUUUUCAGAUCUUUGGUAUAAGCCACAUUUCUUGGUAUUUAGGGUAUUCAAGUGUUUAUACUUAAUUUAUCACAUCAUUCUUUUUGUAUUGAUAAUUACUGCUAAUUGGAAUUGUGUUAAAUUGCAUUGUCCCAUAUUGAUCUGACACAAAUCCAAUUGAUCUUGUUACAAUGACCAGACAUGUUGAUAACCUGACUGACUUAACUGACCAGUCAACACACUUUGCAGACCCACCCAGGUGGAGAGUUGAGAGCUGAAAAUGCUCUGGGCCUAACUCAAAGCUCUCUGGAACUGAAUAAUGCAACCAGAGCUCUAGCUUCAGUCCUACAACAAUCAGUAUUGGCUGGUCAAUAUUAGAGCCAAAGUUCAACCUGAUGAACAUCUUAUGCUUGUGGAUGCCUAUAGAACUACUUUCUAGCUAAAGGCGCAGGAAGUGGGUUACAGUAAUAAGUUCACAUCACAUCUUGGAUACAAUUCUGCAAACUAUUCAAAACGGUGUUCCUCCCAUCUGAUAAC